CAGUCUCCACUUAUCAAAAUCAAACGGCCAUUAACAAGCGUCUGAUCAUCAAUUUCAGUGUAUUGGCUUUGGUCUUUUUGGAGCUAAACAGCUAUGGAGGGCAAGGAAGAAGAUGUUAGAUUGGGAGCUAACAAAUAUAGGGAGACGCAGCCCAUUGGUACGUCAGCUCAGAGCCAAGAUGACAAGGACUACACUGAACCACCAGCAGCGCCGCUGUUCGAGCCAACGGAGCUCACUUCUUGGUCCUUUUACAGGGCUGGUAUUGCAGAGUUCAUAGCCACUUUCUUGUUCUUAUACAUCUCUGUUUUGACUGUCAUGGGUGUAGUUAAGGCACCCACCAAGUGUUCGACUGUUGGGAUUCAGGGGAUAGCUUGGUCCUUUGGUGGCAUGAUCUUCGCUCUUGUCUAUUGUACUGCUGGCAUUUCAGGAGGUCACAUAAACCCGGCGGUGACGUUUGGGCUGUUUUUGGCAAGGAAACUGUCCUUGACAAGGGCUUUGUACUACAUGGUGAUGCAGUGCCUUGGAGCCAUAUGUGGUGCUGGUGUAGUGAAAGGAUUUGAAGGGCGUCACCAGUAUACUUUGUUGGGUGGUGGUGCCAAUAGUGUGAACCCAGGUUACACCAAAGGUGAUGGGCUUGGUGCUGAAAUUGUUGGCACCUUUGUUCUUGUCUACACUGUCUUCUCUGCUACUGAUGCCAAACGUAAUGCCAGAGACUCCCAUGUUCCUAUUUUGGCACCUUUGCCAAUUGGGUUCGCUGUGUUCUUGGUGCACUUGGCUACCAUCCCAAUUACAGGAACUGGUAUCAACCCAGCUCGUAGUCUUGGUGCAGCAAUCAUCUUCAACAAGGACAAGGGCUGGGAUGAUCACUGGAUUUUCUGGGUGGGUCCAUUCAUUGGAGCAGCACUUGCAGCUCUAUACCACCAAGUUGUGAUCAGAGCCAUCCCUUUCAAGAAGUGAUCAUGAUGCAAAUGUUUAUGGCCAUUUCUUGUUUUCACAAUCAAGACCAAGAUCAAGCACAGUUUGUUAGCUUGUUUAUCUGUUUCAUUACUGUGUACUUUUAACCAUAUGAGCACGCUGUAAUAAUAGCACUAUGUUUUCCUUGUCAAAGAGCCUUCUUCUACCUUCCUUUUUAUUUGUGGAAGGGAAGGAAGGUGGGCCAUGGGUGAUGAGCCCAUCUUAAGUUAGGUGGCCUGUAUGUAUUCAUAUGAUGGUAUUUAUGUGAAUGGUUGUGAAUUUCUGGAA